AUGAGUGAAGAUACAGGUAAAUCACCUGAUGAACAACAAGCAUCAACUUCUGAAGUAAAAGUUUUUUAUUAUAUCGAUGAUCAAGAUCCACCUUAUUUAACAAAAUUAAAUGUAACUGGUCUACCACGUUUAAAAGAUUUUAAAAAUGCUCUUGAUCGUAAUUGUUCAAAAUAUAAAUUUUUCUUUGCUACAAAUGAUCCGUCUAUUGGAAAAGUAAAAGAAGAAAUAACUAACGAUGAACAAAUUUUACCAUUUGAUACACAAGAUCGUGUUCUUGCUUAUCUUGUGUCUAUUGAAGGUAGUACAACAUCAAGUGGUGGUGGUGGAAGUAAACAACCGAAACAUAAUUAUCAUCAUCGAGAUGAUACGAUUUUAACAUCAACAACAAAUAGUUCAUUUAAUAUUCAACAACCACGUUUACAACGCAUGAGUCGACGUUAUGCAUCGGCUAAUAGUGCUGAUUAUCAAAAAUAUUUUCUUAAACAACGAGCUGUUAAUGAUAUGGCAUCAUUUCCAAGUAGUGAUCUGGAAUCGACAACAUUCUUAGAUGAAACAGAAGACGAUAGAUAUUCCACGGUAACUGAUUCAACAACAAUUUCAUCACGAUAUCAUGGUCGAAAUCGACCUCGUCGAAAAAAACAUCGAUUACCAUCAGGAUUUGAUCGAGCAUCAUCAUUCAGUAGUCUAAAUUCAGAAUCAACCAUGACAUUAAAUAUUAUCACCGUAACACUUAAUUUAGAUGCUGUUAACUUUUUGGGUAUAAGUAUUGUUGGUCAAAGUGAUAAAACAGGUUCAAGUGACGGAGGAAUUUAUGUUGGUUCAAUAAUGAAAGGAGGUGCAGUUGCACAAGAUGGUCGCAUUGAACCAGGUGAUAUGAUACUUCAAGUAAAUGAUAUUAGUUUUGAAGGAUUAUCAAAUGAUGAUGCUGUUAAAAUUCUACGUGAAACUGUACAAAAACCUGGACCAAUUAAAUUGGUUGUAGCUAAAUGUUGGGAUCCAACUCCGCGAGGUUAUUUUACAUUACCUCGUCAUGAACAAGCACGUCCUGUUGAUCCAUUAUCAUGGCUAGCACAUACACAAGCUGUACAAAAUACAUAUAAUAAUAAUCCUCAACAACAAGUUUUACUUCAUCACCGACAAUCAUUAUUAAAUUCAACAACAAAUAUGAGUUCAACUAUAUCAAGUACAAAUAAUACAAUAGUUGAUAAUCAACGUUUUGGUCUUGAUCUUAAUUUAACAAUUAAUUCUGAUAUGGAUACAAUUGUACGAGCUAUGGCUGAACCUGAUUCAGGCUUAGAUAUACGUGAUAGAAUAUGGCUCAAAAUUCCAAUACCAAAAUCAUUUCUUGGUAUUGAAAACAAAAAAAAAAAGUUUUUCGUUUUGGUUUAUGCAUAUUAUUUAGGUUCGGAUUUGGUUAAUUGGUUAUUUGAAAAUGUCGAUGGAUUUGUUAAUCGUAACGAUGCAAGAAAAUAUGCAUCAUCUAUGCUUAAAGCAGGUUAUAUUCGACAUACGGUUCAUAAAUUAACAUUUUCUGAACAGUGUUAUUAUGUUUUUGGCGAUAUUUAUUCACAAGGUAUCUCUCAAUUGACACUUGAUGAAGAAGCUGAAGAUUAUGAAACGGUUUCUGAUCAUACAAAUACUACAGAUCAUCGUAGUGGUGAUUCAUUAUUAACAACAACAAGACAAAAUACUGUCACAACAUUUGGUUUUGUCGACAAAAAUAAUGCUCCACUUCAAUCACCUUCACAAUCUCUAUUAACUGAUACACACCAUUCAGGUAUUAUUGGUACAAAAUCAUCUUCAACAUCGACAAGCAGUAGUAGUGAAACACGACAAUUAAUUGAUGUACCAAAUAAAUUACGUUCGAGCAAAGAAUCAUUUCAACGUGCUAUGACAAAUCCAUUACCUCGAGAAUUUUUUGUUGAUGUUAUGUAA